AUGGCUCUCGAGACCCAGCUCAAGGCCCCCAACGGCCUUGACAUUACCCUGCCCACCGGUCUCUUCAUCAACAACGAGUUUGUCGCCUCCAGCUCUGGCACCAAGAUCACCAGUGUCAGCCCUGCUGACGGCAGCGAAAUCUGCUCCGUCGAGGCUGCCUCCGCGCAAGAUGUAGACGCCGCCGUCAAGGCUGCGCGCGCUGCCUUUGAGGACCCCUCGUGGGCUGACUGCGCCGGCCGCGAUCGAGGCGCCCUCAUGCACAAGCUGGCCGAUCUCGUCGAGCAGCAUGCCAAGGUCCUCGCCACCAUCGAGACCUGGGACAACGGCAAGCCCUACACCGUCUCGUUCAACGAGGACUUGCAAGAGGUCAUCUACACACUCCGCUACUACGCCGGCUGGGCCGACAAGAUCCACGGCCAGACCAUCCCCACCACCCGCGCCAAGUUUGCCUACACUCUACGCCAGCCAGUCGGCGUCUGCGCCCAAAUUAUCCCCUGGAACUAUCCCCUGGCCAUGGCUGCCUGGAAGCUCGGCCCGGCCCUCGCCACCGGUAACUGCAUCGUCCUCAAGCCCGCCGAGCAGACGCCGCUCUCCAUCCUCUACUUUGCGACCCUUGUCAAGGAGGCCGGCUUCCCGCCCGGCGUCCUCAACAUUGUCAACGGCUACGGCCGCGAGACGGGUACCGCGCUCGUCACCCACCCCAACGUCAACAAGGUGGCCUUUACCGGCUCCACCGCCACCGGCCGCGAAAUCAUGAAGAUGGCCAGCGGCACCCUCAAGAACAUCACACUCGAGACUGGCGGCAAGUCGCCCCUCGUCAUUUUUGACGACGCCGACCUCGAGCAGGCUGCCAAGUGGGCCUACAUUGGCAUCCUCAGCAACCAAGGCCAAGUCUGCACGGCCACCUCGCGUCUCAUUGUCCAAGACUCCAUCCUGCCCAAAUUCCUCGAGUACUUCAAGACGGAGAUCAAAAACACUGCCGUCACCGGCGACCCUUUCUCCGAGGCCACCACCCACGGGCCCCAAGUCUCGCAGGUGCAGUACGACAAGAUUCUGUCGUUCAUCGAGGGCGCCAAGAAGGAGGGCGGUAAGGUGGAAAUGGGCGGCGCCUCGGCCCAGGCCACCGCCGGCCAUGGCAAGGGUUUCUACAUUGAGCCCACCAUCAUCAGCAACGUCACCAAGGACAUGACCAUUUUCCAGGAGGAAGUAUUCGGGCCCGUCGUCGCCGUCACGCCCUUUAAGACGGAAGAGGAAGCGCUCAAGCUCGCCAACAACUCGCAGUAUGGUCUCGCCGCCGCCGUCUUUAGCCAAAACAUUGAGCGCGCACACAAGGUCGCCGAGCGCCUCGAGGCCGGCAUGGUCUGGAUCAACUCGUCGAAUGACAGUGACCCGGCCGUGCCUUUUGGCGGCGUCAAGCAGAGCGGCAUCGGCCGCGAGCUUGGCGAGGCGGGCUUGCACUCGUAUCUCGAGACCAAGGCUGUCCACGUCAACCUGGGCUCCAAGCUGUAA